AUGCAGCAUUCGACUGCUGGGGGCAGCGAUGAUUCGUCCCUGAAGAAUACGGAACCGACAUCGUUCCCGGGAACGUUAUCCGACAAUCCGGCCCUUGUGGAUGACUUGACAGACGACCUCUCUGAUUGUGGAAGCAUGCGAGCUAGUGCUUCUGGGGUGCAUUACGUUGGCGGUGAUCAUUGGGUUGCUAUUCUUGAUAAAAUAGCCGAUCUGAAGGACCAUUUUGAACGCGAGGAGCAGUUGCGUUUAGAAGGUUCACCGGAUUUAUCUCACGAUAAUUGGAACGAUGGAACUGCGUCCCCGCGUGCUCUGCUGCUUUAUGGGUGUCGGCAUGCGACUUCUCGGGCAGAGAUUCUUGCGUCCUUGCCGGCUCGGCCAAUGGUGGAUCGCUAUGUGUCGGGAUAUUUUAAUCGUUUGGACUUGGUAUCGUCGAGUGCCGUUCAUGGUCCGACUUUUCUACAGCAGUAUGCAGCCUUCUGGGCCAAUCCUUCGGAUGCUCCGAUCAUGUGGGUUGGCCUGCUCUUCAGUAUGAUCUGCCUCGCCGUGCAGGUCUCGAGAGUUUCAGAUAACGCAGGUAGCCAUGUGAUAGAACAACGGAGACGUCAGAUCGAGUUAUACCGUGAGAAGGCUGUCCAAUGCCUACUCAUGGGCGAGUAUACAAAAGCAGGCCCAUACGUACUCGAGGCGAUUAUCCAUUAUGUUUACAUUGAAUUCUGCCUUCACCCCGACGCUGAUAGGGACAUCUGGUUUCUACUAUCCCUAGAGGUCAGUCUCGCGAAACGCAUGGGGUAUCAUCGCGAUCCGAAGCAUUUUAAGGGAAUUUCACCUUUCGAGGGAGAGAUGCGUCGUCGGCUAUGGACGACAGUGUUACUAGGUGAUGUCUUGAUAUCGAGCCAGAUGGGCAUGCCGCGGAUGAUAUCGGAAUGGCAAUGCGACACGGACGAGCCACGAAACUUGGAUGAUAGUGACUGGGAUGCAGAUAUGACUGAAUUGCCUCCAUCACGACCUGAAAGCGAACUCACUACGAGUCUGUGUCUGAUUGCGCGUCGUCGAAUGAUUAUGGCCUUGGGUAGAAUAUCUGAUGUGACAGCGGCUGCGAAAACCUGUAAUCAUGCUGAGGUUAUCCGGUUGGAUGGUGUUCUACAUGAAGCGGCUGAUAGUAUUCCACUGCCGCUGAAGGCGAAGCCGAUGAUUGCUAGUUUGACGGAUUCACCGCGAAUUAUCAUGGAGCGCUUAUUCAUAUCUCAAUUGUUCUACAAGGGUCAGCUCAUGCUGCAUCGCCGAUUCUUAUUCUCAGAUUCUACCACCUCGCAAGAGACCAACACAUUUGAGUCUUCGCGAGAUGCUUGUAUAGACGCUGCACUUGAACUGCUGGGCUUACAAAGGAUUAUGGACGAAGAGACGGGACCCGAUGGUCGACUGCAUACCAUGCAUUGGCGCGUCACCUCUAUUUUGAACCAUCAGUUUCUGACCGCUACGAUGGUCCUCUGCUCGCUGCUGCAUCGUGUGCAGACGCUAGUGCGCGAAGAUGAGAUCCGGAAUAGUCUGCGGCAUUGUCGAACGAUUUGGAUGAGCCGAAGUGUCGAAUCUGAAGAAGCAAGAAUGGCGGCUGAGGCUGUCAAUUUCGUCCUUUCUCAGAGGGCAGCAGAUUGUAACGGCAACGUCGAGCCCGUACUGGAACACUUCAUCUCUCAGUCACACGCCGGUGGCUUAUUCGAUCACUUUACGACAUUGUCCCAAAGGGGAGUGUUCCAACCGUCUGGUAGCCAGGAUGAGGAAUUCUCAUUCAUAUCGUCGUUGACGCAAGAUGAAGGAACAUUCAAUGCUUGGAUGCCGGCAAACUGAAACUUCACUUCGAGUUUAUCUCGUAUUUUGAUCACAAUACAGAAUAAGCAAACACGUUUCGCGUUUGGCUUGAGCCACAAAUUAGAAUCCAGACACCAAUAUUCUCGGAAGGAUGUCGGCAUCUAAUAGGAACUUGGCUGUUCUCGGAACCGCCGUACAACCAAGAGAAUGGUGUGCAGAACGCCCUGCCACAUGUUAUUCUAGACGCAACCCCCACGAUUGAAUCUGGAGUCCCGGAUAAUAAACAAAGUUUCUGUAUGACCCCAUGACACCAGCGCGGCCUCGUCUGGAGCCGUAUAUCCAUCUAGAGCCAGCUUUCUUAUCCAUCCUUCAUCAUUUAAGGUCUUUGAAACAAAUCUCCUGUCGAAUUAGGAAAAGCUCACGAGUUUUUUCUCGGAACGACAAGCGUCUCGGCAUUCAAAAACCAUCUCAGCGACUCUAAUAUACAUUCUGGUUCCACAGAUAUGUCUUCCCCGAUUCGUAUUCAUGAAUUAAACAAUAUCAGCACUGCCAUGUGCAACACCUCUCACAGAACCGGCGAACACCGAUACAGAGUAUCCAGGAACCAUACCAUCUUCCCAAUCGGUCCAGACGUCGGAGAGCGAACUCGCAAUUCAUACGUGAAU